AUGGGACUAGAUAAUCAAAAUUCAAAUUAGAUCUACCCUAUUCAAUAGCAUGAAUAGAGUUAGGAUUUCAAUAUCAAUCAAUCUCUAAGAGAGACGACGAAAUCUAACAUAACACCGAAUGAUAGCUAAAAACCUAAUGGCAAAUUCGGUCAAAGUUGGGAAAACUCAAAUGACAACACAGGAAUUUUUAAAGAAGAACACAAACAAAACGAGAAAGAUAAUCUUAUAACUCCAUAUAAAAAGUAGGCUUAAAAUGAUUAACCACAUAAUGAUCAACCGCCAGUUUCCAAAAAAGAUGUAGAUCAGCCGGCUAAACCAGUUAAUCCAACCAAGAAGCUAAUGAAGUAUAUGAAGAAUGAAAGAUGGCUCUUUUUUUGGAGUACUAUUGCCCUAGUGCUAGGAAAUGCGGGUCAAUUCGCAGUACCGUACUAUAUUGGUCUUUUCGUUGACAACAUGAAAGACGAAAAAUUCGAUGAUAUUCCUAGUCUUUGCUAUCAAUUGGUUGGCAUUAUCUUUGUAAUCAUUUAAUAGUCUCAUAAUAAAUAUAUCUAGUUCUCCUCAAUAGCAGUGUUUUACAGAGGGAUGUACUACAGCGUGAUCAGUGAGAAAAUUGCCAGAAAUCUAAGGCAGGAUCUCUAUGAAAGUUUGGUUAACAAAGAUGUUGAGUUUUUUGACAGUCGCAAAACUGGAGACUUAUUAAGUAGAAUUGGAUCUGAUACUGCUGUUAUUCAAGAAGGAUUGUCGACUAAUGUAUCGAUGUUUUUGAGAUCAUUCAUUUUCAUCAUAGUUUCAUUCAUUUUCCUCUUUAUUCUUUCAUGGCAAUUAACUUUGGCCAUGAUAGCAUCUAUCAUGCCUGUUAUACUAUUCAGUGUUUUCUAUGGAAACAUGAUGAAGAAUGCUUAGAAGCAUAUUCAAGAUGGUAAAGCUUAUAUUUCAACUUUAGCUGAAGAGACUUUUUCAAAUAUCAGAACUGUCAAAGCGUUUGCCACUGAAAAAGAAGAAACUCUUAGAUACUCCAAAGGAAAUGAUACUGUAUACAAAUAUGGGUACUAUAAGUCUUUCUGGUAUGGCAUCUUUAACUUCUUCGCCAACUUCUUCGUUUUCGGGUCCAUGGCAGUUAUCGUUGGACUAGGCUCAAAAUUAUACUAAGACGGAGAAAUAACAAUUGGGGAAAUCACAGCUUUCUUAUUUUACAUGAUGCAGAUUCUUAUGAAUUUUAUGAUUCUUGCCUCAGUUUUAGGUUCAGUUAUGAGUAUUAUUGGAGCUUCAGUCAAAAUUGUUGAAAUUCUUGAAUAUAUACCUAAAAUCAAUACCUCAGGUGGAAAUAAAAUUGAAGGAUAAAUAAUUGGUGAGGUCACCAUUAGAGAUGUUAAAUUCCAUUAUCCAACAAAGAAGGACGUCUAAGUAUUGAAAGGCGUCACAAUUGACAUAAAGAAAAAUAGAGUUGUUGCAUUGGUAGGACCAAGUGGGUGUGGAAAAUCAAGUUUGAUAUCAAUGAUUGAGCGAUUCUAUGACCCAAUCGAAGGAGUUGUAGAGUUUGAUGGCGUAGAUGUUAAAACUUUAGACCCUAAAUGGUAUCACUCUCAAGUCGCAAUUGUUCAACAAGAACCUGUGCUCUUCUCUGGCUCCAUUAAGGAAAAUAUUGGCUAUGGACUUCCAGAAGAUUAGGUAACUGAGGAAACCUUAGAUUGGGCUUGCAAGCAGGCAAACGCUUAUGAAUUCAUUCACGACAAGGACUUGUUCCCUGAGGGAUACAGCACUAUUGUAGGAGAGAGAGGUGUUAAACUCUCUGGAGGUUAAAAGCAAAGAAUCGCUAUUGCUAGAGCUCUGAUAAGGAAACCAAAGAUUCUAUUACUGGAUGAAGCCACUAGUGCCUUGGAUGCUGAGAGUGAGCAUCAAGUAUAAAAGGCUCUAGAUGAGUUGAUUAAGAGUGGAGAACAAACCAUUAUUGUGAUUGCUCAUAGACUAAGCACCAUAAGAGAUGCUGAUGAGAUUAUUGUCAUUAGAAAAGGAGAAGUUGCGGAGAGAGGCAGUCAUGAAGAGCUAUUAAAGAAAGGCGGAGUCUACAAAAGCUUAGUUGAGAGACAGCUUAUGUCCAUGCAACUAGAAGAAAAAUGA